AUGCCGCACGUAACUUGGGAGGAUAUGCCACCUCCGGCUACUGUGCCCGACAAGACUGUCCGACGGCGGGAACAUCCGCCGCCCACGCGCGAGGCAGAGUACAAAGCUAUCAUUGCGAAAGUGAAUGAAAUAUGUCUCCAGAUACGAAAAUUUGCUAAAAAGUAUCUGGAUCGUAAGGCAGUAGAUUAUGCAGAAUGUGACAAAUGCCUUUCGGAACUCCUUCGCUCUUGGGGGAUGGAUGCCUCAGAUUUUAAAACAUGGAAAGAAUUCUCCGAUAAAUUAAAGUUCAGAGAAAUUUCUCCUGAAGUGAGGGAAUCAGAAAGUUAUAAAAAUUUGUUGUAUAUAUGUGAAAGGGCAAGGGCGUUUGAAGCAGCUAUCCCAGGAAUACGAGAAAAGCUGGUGAAAUGCACGCGCGAGCACCUACAGAAAUACUGUAAAAGUUUUAUAGAAGAAAUGGGUGGUCUGGAUAUUCGACCGGUGUUUGAUUACGACGAGGCAUUAAAGGGUUACAAGGCGGACAUCGAGGGCAAUAUUGACCAAAUCAAUACAAAUAUCCUCACUUACGGAGAACUGAAAACUCCCUUUGACAAGUUUGUCAGUGACGGGAAUGUUCACGGCAGACUCAUGGAGGAGGUAUGUGUAGCGGUCGUUGAAGUAUCGCACACAGUUAAGAAAUGGGUGAGUGAGGAUGCUACCUAUCCGGAUAGACUGCUUCAGGAGGUCUUCUUCAACAAUUCGUACAAGGAAAACCUAGAAGAGGACAUUCUCCGGCUCAACUCUAAACACCGGGAUGCGGAGCGCAGUCUUGAGAGGAAACAUAAGACUUUUACUUACCUACACAGACAGCACCUUAGUCACAAAAAAGAAAAGAAGAAACUAAAAUCUAGCUUGGAGACGGUAACCAAUAAGAUCGAGAAGCUGGACCAGCAGCAGCACCAGAGAGAGGACGAGAUAACUGGGCUACACACGACAAUAGGUGACAAGACGCCGCGCUCUCACCGCGACAAGGAGGAGCUCAGCCUCAAGCUGGGCCGCACGGAAGAGAACUUAGACCGGGUUCGAGAGUGGAAAUCCGUGAGCGAACGUCAACAAGUACGACUGGAACGUGAGCUUAAGCAUGUGUCCGAUCGUACGUAUGAACUGAAGGUAGAAGCCGUCACUGUUCGCCACGAGGAGGACGAGAUAAAGAAUUCUCUAAUCGGUAUAGAGAUCGAGGUGAAAUCUAUCAAGGACAGAAUCGCUAGUAUUGAGGAGAAGAAUGCGAUUCUGACAAAGAUCCGGGUCCUGAAACUAUCACCUGACACACUAAGGAUGAUCCACAAACGACGAAUACAGCCACGCGGUCGGGACAAACUGGAGGGCAGCGGUCAGGAAUCAACAGUAGAUGUUGUCUCUGGUAACACUAAGGAAACCAGCGAAGGUAGCAGCCACGGUAAAGUGUCCCCGGUCACUAAUGGCCCGGGUAACAGUAACGGUAAAUAG